UGGCAAAAGAGGCUUCCCUGACUGGAGCGGGUGGAGGAGGUAAGUCUCCUGCUCCCGCUCAGGCCAGGGAAAAAGAAGCCAAAAACUGUUAUCUAAAGGCAAUGGCGCACCUGGCGGAGUCCAGGAACAUAAAAACGGACAUUAAAACAGGGGUACAGUCAGCUGUAAAGCGGCUGUACCAGAUAGUCAAAGAGGCCGAAGAGGAGAUACAGAAGAACCCACAACAACAAACAGCGAAACAGGAAAAUGACCCAAAAAUAGAUUUAAACGAAAAGCUACACAAACAAAUAGAAAGAAUGGAAUUGGAGAACAAGAAAUUGGAAAAAUUUAGAAAAAAUAUAGAGGAUCUGGCAAAACAGAAAAAUGAAAGCAUCCUGACCGCGAUUAGGAAAGAGUUGGAGGAAAAAGAAAAGAGAGAAAUAGAAAGGCAUAACAUCUGGGAAGGGAAAAUGAGGUCGUAUGCAGAAGCGACGAAGGAAAAUCUCGGUCAGGGCCAAAACCGAAAAGAAGGCCCGGGAGGACAGAAACCAACGCUGCACUCUGUCGUUGUGGCGCCUAAGAGUGCGACAGACACGGCAGAGGACACGAUGCAGAACAUCCGGCAUCUGUUAAAUGCUAAGGAAGAAGGCUGGCAGGUAGCAAAAAUAAGAAGAGCCAGGGACGGAAAGGUCGUAGUGGGAUGCAGGACGGAGGAGGAAAGGAAUAAAAUCAAAGAAAAAUUAGGGGAAGAAAUGAUGGUGAAGGACACCUUAAAUAAAAACCCAUUAAUCAAAAUUAAAAAUCUCCUGUCCUGCAACACGACAGAAGACAUUACCCGGGCCAUCAAAAACCAAAACAGAAAUGUGACUGCACACCUGGAGGAACGGGACCUAGAUAUAAAAGAAAAGUACAGGAGGAAGGCAAGGAACCCUCUGGAGAGCCACGUGGUCCUACAGGUCACGCCUAAACUCUGGCAAGCUCUAACAUUGGCUGGCAGGAUACACGUGGACCUGCAGAGGGUUUGGGUAGAGGACCAAUCCCCUCUGGUCCAAUGUACUAUGUGUCUGGGGUACGGACAUACCCGAAGACAUUGUAAAAAGGAGACCGAGGUGUGCAGCCACUGUGGAGGAGCCCAUAUGAGGGCGGAUUGCCAGAUCCACAAGGAUGGAAAGCCUCCCAGCUGCAUAAACUGCAAAGACACUAAGGGAAGAAACGCGGAGCACGGAGCCUUCAGCCAGAGCUGUCCAACCCGGCAGGGGUGGGACAAGGCGGCGAGGCUAAGCUACGCGUAUUGUUAAAAAA